AUGACGGCAUUUGUUAACUUUCCGUCGAGCUAUACUCAGUCUACAGUAGAGAGAGCAUUUAGAAAGUACCUCCCUGAGGUUUCUAUUACAACUGAUAAACCAUCCGAUAGAGUUCAAAUUCAGUAUGCUGAUUACGACCUCAUCGAAUUUGACUGGUUAAUGCAAGAUAGCGAUAAUUCCAUUGGAUCAAGCUACUGCUUCCGUAAAGCGCUUACCAGGAAAAACUACCUUCACCAGACUAUAGAAGCUUAUCUUGCUAAAAUAGAGCACAGGUUGUCGGUCAAUGCAGUGGACGCGAGCGAGAAAGCUAACGUAGAGCUUCUACGCAAAGCUAUGCCAAAAUGCUGGACUAUAGAUGUUGCACAUUCAGAAGAUCUCGAUGAGGUACUAAUGGAUGAGCUUUACGAUCUCAAUCAGGCUAUGAAUGAUGAAAGUGAUAGUUGGUUUAUCCUCAAGCCAGCCAUGGCAGACCGCGCCAAUGGUAUCAGAUUGUUCAAUAGUGAAGAAACUUUACGUGAAAUUUUUGAAGAGUUUGACAGCGAUUCGGAGGAUGAGGAUGAGGAUGAAGGUGAAGAAGAUGAAGAAUCUACUGCUGUUUCAACAUCGCAAUUAAGGCAUUUCGUCAUUCAGGAAUACAUCUCAAAUCCCCUCCUCAUAGAUCCAACAGGUGGUAAAGAUACCUUCAAUAAGUUCCAUCUGCGGGUUUAUGUCCUCUGUGUGGGUAGCAUCAAAGUAUACAUGCCAACAUCGAUAUUGGCAUUAUUUGCAUCACAGACUUACAAACAGCCUGAUGAAGACCAAAGCCUUCUCUCACAUCUGACAAACUCCUGUUUACAGGGAUCUAAUAUGGACAGAAACACAUUUGUUAAGUCCUUAGAAGAGUUGGAGGGUUGUUAUACUGCCACUGGUGAACAGAUUACACCACAGCAAAUAGAAGGUUGGCUUGAUAGCGCGUCUAAAGUCAUAGGUCAGGCUGUUAAAGGUGCGGUCGAGUCUGGGUCUGUACACUUCCAGCCUAUACCAAAUGCAUUUGAGAUCUACGGUGUUGAUCUCUUAGUCACGGAGACGAAUGAAGUCAAAUUGUUGGAAUUCAACGGAUGCCCAGAUUUUGGACAAACGGGAGAUAGACUGGCCUGGAUAGUCGACAACGUGGUGGACGCUUCAUUUGAGAAGGGUAUACUAGAACUGUUGGGUAAGAACAACAUAAGUAACACCGUAAAGACAAUAAAAUGUCUCGAUUAUGAGUUCAAACGGGCUGAAGACGGUGAGGCUCCACGUGCUCCAGCUCCUGCUCAAGCACCAGCUCAAGCUCAAGCACCAGCUGCUCAACAGCAAAAGCCACGUACCCAACAAAAGCCACGCACUCAACAAAAGGGUGCUAAGGACUCCGCAAAGGACGAAUCUCUUCCAUCAGAGCGUGCUCCUCGCGGUGAACGUGGUGCUAAGCGCUCACGCGGUGCUAAGACCCCAGGUAACCCAGGUGGUCAACGUAAGGGACGUCAAUUCGACCGUCAAUCUCAAACCGGCCGCACUGACAGCAACAAGCAAAAGGCUGCAUGGGGUGGUGAAGACGGCCAAAAGGAGCUCGCAACUGAAGAAGCCGCUAAGAAGGAUGCCGAAGCUGCUGAAACCGCUCCAGGUACCCCAGCUGAACCAAAGGAACCAGAAGAGACAACCAAGACUCUCGACGAGUACCUCGCUGAACGCGCAUCAAAGAAGCUCGACAUCGGUGCACCAGAAGUCCGUAAAGCUAACGAAGGUACAGAAGGUGUCUCUGGUGUUCAACUUCUCCGUGACUCACAAGAGGAACACUACUUCGUUGCACCAAAGGCUCAACCAAAGGAACCAAAAGCAAAGUCACAAAAGUCAUCAAAGGUUACAAUUGAGAUCGAUGGCCAAUUCGCUAAGCCAGAGUCUGAGCGUAGACCAAGAAACACCAACGGUAGAGGUCCUUCCCGUGGUAGAGGCCGCGGUGGCGCUGCUGGACGUGGCCGUUCUGGUCGCCAAGGUGGUCCACAGCGUAAAGAAAACGCUGGCGCUAACGUCAACCUCAACGACGAGAAGGCUUUCCCAACUCUUGCUUAA